AUGACUCCAUUCUUAGACAAUAACAACAGUGCACGGGCAACUGUCGACCCCGGCGCUGACUCGUCAUAUGGCGACUACGUGCCCAGUCUGACAGAGAAUACCGCCACCGAAAAUAUUUUGUUUUCACGCCGCAAUUCGGUGCCGUUAGAACACAUUUCAUAUCCGCACGUAUUACCAGAACUCCAGGUAGAUCCGCCUUCCGAAAACGCUCCAGGUCCUGAGACUGCUGCUGGCGGGGGUUCAUGUUCUCUGCCGCCUCUCGACCCUGCCAACCGUGAUGCUCUCAGGGGGCGAGGGCUAUCUGUCCAGGAUACUGGCUCUCGUCCCGAAACCAAGAAAGAAGCUUCAGUGAUCUCUGACCUCGGAAAUCGCGAAUGGAGCAAGGUUGUGGACGUUGAGACUUCCGAUGAGGAAACCGAUAGUGACUUGCCACCAGAAGCCCCUCUUCAGGACAAGCUUCUGGCAGACCACCAUAAGUUCCAUGAUGGACGGAAAGGAUUCAUUCCUCGUGGGCACAUCAGGAAGGUGAUUAACGAGCAGUCUGUGAGGCAACAUUUGCGCGAAUACUUGUCCAUUCCUCCCAAAGAGGACCGCCACAGCAUGAUCGAGCGCUACGUCCGCCAGAUAUUCUCCCAAGACUGCGAGAACAAAUCCUACGUAAUAAUCUUCACAAUUUUGGUUCUCACGGAAAAGUCGGAAUGCAUAGUAAAUUUCCUGAACGAACGGAUCGAUGAUAGUGCUCUUCCCUUUCGCAAGGAGAAUCAGAAUCCUCAAGGGAAGGUGCCGGCCGUCGACCUCCGUCCGAGACGAGGUGUCAGACGGAUCAAGGCCUUCAAGGGAUGGUCAUUAGUCGCUAAGAUGAACUUUGAGGAGUGGCAAUGGGCUGUCAAUGCGCCCUUCUUCAACCGUGGGCAAGACGGUGAUGUCAAGAUUUAUGAUCUGCAAGAUGCUGCUGUUCUGCCUUUUGUCACAAGGAACCCUCUCUCCGGAUAUCAGGAGAUCGAGGAGUAUCACGGCGGGUUUGGGAAAGUCUCCAAGAGAUACAUACACGCCGAUCAUCAUAAUCUCAAAGUGUCUGACAAGAAGAAUACCGCUUUCGCCGUGAAAAAGCUAGACUCAAAGAACUACCAGCAGUUCAAAGCAGAGUUCGACAUGCUGGCUAAGCUUGGCAAGACAAAUCAUUGCCACCUUAUUUCCGUCCUCGGUGCGUAUUGUCAGUUCAACGAAUACUAUCUCAUAUUUGACUGGGCGGACUGUGAUCUCCUAAGAUAUUGGAAGAACCACCACAGUGAGCCAGAAUUCAGUCUGGAGAAUGUGCUAUGGCUUGCUGAGCAGUGCGUCGGUCUUGCUAGUGGCCUGGAGCAGAUUCACCGCUACGGUAGCCUGGAGCAACAGGACGGCACGGGAGAUUGCUCCUCAGAGAAGCUCUAUGGUCGUCAUGGCGACAUCAAACCAGAGAAUAUCCUAUGGUACCGUGACUCGGAUCAAGGCCCUGGUACGUUGCGCAUAUGCGACUUUGGCGUUUCCGAGUUCCAUUCCACACAGAGUCGAUCAGGUAUACGCAAUAGCCACGUCGCUUCGUCGCCCUACUACCGCCCUCCUGAAUGGGAGCUUCAAGAUGGAACCAUCAGUCGCUCGUACGAUAUCUGGACCAUAGGAUGCCUGUAUCUUGAGUUUCUCGGCUGGCUUCUGGGUGGAUGGAAGAUGGUAAGAAGUAUGAUUAUUGCCAGAAAGCCGCCUUCGUGUAGCCCAGGAAUAAGUCUUUGGCCUGAUAACCCCUACUAUAAUCUCGACAGCCACAGAACGAAGGCUACUCUAAAGCCAGCAGUGACAAAGUUCAUCCAAGACGCACAUGCCAACCCGAAAUGUUCUGACUUUAUACACGAUUUCCUGGAUGUUAUUCAAAAAAAACUCCUCGUCGUUGAGUAUCAUCACGAAGGCAGCGGCAAGCGUAUAAACAGCGGAAGGUUGCAUUUUCUCUUGCAGAAGAUGUAUAUUAAAUGCAAGAAGGACCCUCAGUAUGCAAUCGAGGCCCGACCGAGAACCUUUACAUAG